AUGUCUUCAACAACAGAGAUCAACAACUCGACCGACGGCUACGUGGGGCAUAGCCAUCAGGACAUCUCUUGGGAUGAUGCCACCUGGAUUAUGACCAGUUCCUUCAUUAUCUUCACCAUGCAGUCCGGGUUUGGGCUGCUCGAAUCCGGCUGCGUGACCCGCAAGAACGAAGUCAACAUCAUGGUGAAGAACGCGGUGGACGUUGUAUUCGGUGGCCUUGGCUACUGGAUGUUCGGCUACGGCUUCAGCUUCGGCCAGGACCGGGGCACCAACGGGUUCAUCGCCUUCGGCAAGUUCUUCCUCGACAGUGACGAAGAAGAGAUGGGAGUCGUUUUCGCCACGUACAUCUUCCAGUUGUCAUUCGCCACCACGGCUACCACCAUCGUGUCCGGGGCCAUGGCGGAAAGAUGCAACUUCGUCGCCUACUGCAUCUUCUCUUUCUUCAACACGGUGGUGUUCUGUUUGCCGGCCGGCUGGGUCUGGGGCAAACACGGUUUCCUCAAUAGACUGCUCGUAGUGGACAUCGCCGGGUGUGCGCCAGUGCACCUAGUGGGCGGUGCAUCGUCCCUCAUAGCGGCCCUCAUGCUCAAGCCUCGUCAGGGCCGCUACGACAGGGGCACGGACCCUCCACCCAUGGGCUCGCCGACAAACGCGCUUGUUGGAAUGUUUAUGCUUUGGUGGGGUUGGCUCGGUUUCAACUGUGGCAGUACCUUUGGAGUUUCCGGACACAAAUGGAAGUACGCCGCAAGGUCGGCUAUAGUUACAAUAAAUUCUUCUGUUGGGGGUGGCAUCACCGCUCUAAUUUUCAGUUACGCCGUUCACCAUCGGAAGUUCUCCGUAAUUAAGCUCAUCAACGGGAUCCUGGCAUCCUUGGUGGCCAUCACGGCUGGAUGUGCCUUGUACCACCCCUGGGAAGCUGUCGUGGUGGGUUCGGUGGGCUCGCUGCUCGCCAACGUGGCCAUGCCCCUCCUGGACAGACUACGGGUCGACGACCCCGUGGGGGCCAUCGCUGUGCACGGGGUCAGCUCGGUCUGGGGUAUGCUGGCCGUCGGACUCUUCGUCGAGAUGGACACGCUGCUCCGACUGAGCAGAGGUGGCACGGGGCUGUUCCGCGGGGGAGGCUGGUACCUCCUAGGAGUUCAGGCCCUCGCCGUGCUCAUCAUAUCCAUCUGGAGCUGCGUAGCCACCUUCAUCAUCCUCUGGGUGAUUAACCACAUCGUACCAAUCCGAAUGUCCCCGGAUGAGGAGCGAGUUGGCGCCGACUUCGUAGAGCAUGGCAUCCAGUACUUCCAGAACCCGGAACCUGUUAUGCCUUCCACCGGGGUGGCUACCAUCGACAAUGGCAAGAUGGCCAUCAGGAUGAGGCGCACUCUCGUGGCACCGAGUCAAGCCCGUGAUGACGCACUGCCGCAACCAAGAGCUUCUAGCUCGACCCAGACUGAAGUUAUGCCCAACGGACACGUUCUCUUAGCGCGAUCUUUAAUCACAGGCCGGCAAAUGGAAAGGCCGGCUCCCAGGGCGGCCUGGUCUGGAACAGAUGCAACAUAG